AGCGGGGCGGGGCCGCACGGGGUAUUAGAGCUCCGGAGUCACGUAGCUCUGCAGCAGAAUUACCGUCUACUGGAUUUGUUUGCCUUCGGUACAGAGUGCGUUACACGAUUAAAGAAAAUGACUCACCAAUAUCCAGCGCUCUCUGCUGAGCAGAAGAAAGAGUUGGCAGACAUUGCCAAACAAAUUGUAGCUGACGGGAAGGGGAUCCUGGCUGCCGAUGAAUCUGUGGGGAGCAUGGCUAAACGUUUUACCGGGAUUGGAGUAGAGAAUACCGAGGAGAAUAGACGCCUGUACCGCCAGCUCCUCUUCAAGGGCGAUGAUCGUAUGGAGAAAUGCAUCGGCGGCGUCAUCUUCUUCCACGAGACGAUGUACCAGAACGGCGAUUGUGGAACCGGCUUUGUCAAGAUGAUCAAAGAUAAAGGCAUCCUCGUAGGGAUCAAGGUAGACAAAGGUGUCGUUCCUCUUGCUGGCACCAAUGGAGAAACCACUACUCAAGGUUUGGAUGGAUUGGCAGAGCGUUGCGCUCAGUACAAGAAAGAUGGAGCUGACUUUGCGAAAUGGCGCUCUGUUUUGAAAAUUAGCGACACUACGCCAUCUUCCCUUGCGAUCAUGGAAAAUGCAAAUGUUCUGGCUCGUUAUGCCAGCAUUUGCCAACAGAAUGGAAUUGUCCCCAUCGUGGAACCAGAGAUUCUUCCUGAUGGAAACCAUGACUUGAAACGUUGCCAGUAUGUGACAGAGAAGGUGCUUGCUGCUGUAUACAAGGCUCUGAGUGACCAUCAUGUGUAUCUGGAGGGGACACUACUGAAACCCAAUAUGGUAACAGCUGGCCACGCUUGUCCCAAUAAGUACACUUCUCAGGAGAUUGCCAUGGCAACUGUAACUGCUCUGCGGCGCACCGUGCCUCCUGCAGUACCAGGUGUUACUUUCCUGUCUGGUGGACAAAGUGAAGAGGAAGCCUCUAUUAACCUUAAUGCAAUUAACAACUGUCCUCUGGCUCGGCCUUGGGCCCUUACUUUCUCCUAUGGACGUGCGCUGCAGGCCUCUGCACUCAACGCUUGGCGGGGCAAGAAGGAGAACGAGAACGCAGCUACAGAAGAGUUCCUGAAACGUGCAGAGAUUAAUGGGCUUGCAGCCUGCGGCAAAUACGAACAUGAUGCUUCCGGAGCUGGGGCCGCCAGCCAGUCCCUGUUUGUGGCCAAUCACGCAUACUGAUCUCAGCCGUCUACUUGGCUCCGACGCAUAAGACGCCUCCACCGCAUCCCUCCUGCAAGCAGCAUCUUCGUGGAAACCCCUGCAGCAAAAUGUCAACUAGCCGACCCAACGUCUCCUAACCUUAUAAUGUGAGCACCUUGCAGCCUGGUCCUGAUGGAGGAAGGACCGGUUUUCGCACAAGUGUAGUGGCAUUACGUGCUAGGCCUAACAGAAUGUUUGAUUAUUUUUAAAUGGUUCACUUUUAUUGCCCAGGCAUCUGUUCUAGUUCUGCUGAUACUAACACUUUGAGAAGGUAACUAUUCUAGAUAGUAGAAAUUCAAGGUUGGAUGAAUGUUCAGCAUAGUCAUGCACUGUAGGAAGCACCUGUAGUGUCUGACACGUGGCAGUCCUCUAGAGCCCCGUGGCUCCCUUCUCGGGGCCCGUUCUGUGAAGGGUGUUGCACUUUAUGGUUCACCUGUAAUGUGAGUGUGAGUGGCUGUGCAAUACUCCUAUGUAAGAAGCAAAUCCUUGCCACAGCUUGGUGGAGUUUAUCCACUGGGAUGGGUUCUUGGCAGAGGGGGUGAUAACGAUGUGAAUAUUCGUGUUUUGUGUCUUGCUGUAUGCAACUGAUACACCAAAUAGUAAAAUAAAUUCUAGUGAAAACA